AUGAACACUAUAGGACAAACUACACAACUACCUAGUUAUUAUUGUACUGAAAAUAAUGUUUCGAUUCAGUUUACAUUGUCUUCCUCAGCUCAUUCAGCUUCAAAUCCAACAUCAAGUUGUUCUUUACAACAAUGUAAUGUAAACUUAACUAAUAAUAAUAACGAUAAUUGUCGUUCAUCAUCAACACCUUGUUUUGAUUAUCGAACAAUAAAUAAUAUUAGCUAUUGUGCACCUGGUAUUUUAUGUUCAAUAUUAGAAAGAUGUGAUAAUAUUACGCAAACAUGUUCAUCAAAUAAUUCAGUGUGUGUUAUUAACUCAUGUUGUUCACCACAAGCAGUAUGUUUACCAUUCUCAGCAACAUACAUGUGUAAAACAGGAUGGGUUUCUACUGGCAAUAUGACUAAUGCACGAUUUGGUCACACAGCAUCUUUAUUAUCAAAUGGAAAAGUAUUAGUUACUGGCGGAAACUAUGGUGGCUCUUUAAAUAGUGCUGAGCUGUAUGAUUCAUCAACAGGUAAUUGGACAACUACUGGUAGCAUGACUGAUGCACGGCAAUGGCAUACAGAAUCUGUAUUAUCAAAUGGAAAGGUAUUAGUUACUGGUGGAUGGAAUGGUAGUACUGUUUAUAAUAGUGCUGAGCUAUAUGAUGCAUUAACAAGUACUUGGACGCCUACUAAUAACAUGAAUAAUGCACGAGAAUAUCACACAGCAUCUUUAUUAUCAAAUGGAAAAUUAUUAGUUAGUGGUGGAUUCAAUGGGAAUAUUACAUUAAAUAGUGCUGAAUUAUAUGAUUCAUCAACAGGUAGCUGGGCAACUACUGGUAAUAUGACUAAUGCACGCGAGUAUCACACAGCAUCUGUAUUAGCAAAUGGAAAAGUAUUAGUUGCUGGCGGAUAUAAUAAUGGUUAUUUAAAUAGCGCUGAGCUGUAUGAUCCAUCAACAGGUACUUGGACAACUACUGGUAGCAUGACUGAUGUACGACAAUGGCACACAGCAUCUGUAUUAUUAAAUGGAAAAGUAUUAGUUACUGGUGGAUGGGAAGUUUUUGAUUUAAAUAGUGCUGAGCUGUACGAUCCAUCAACAGGUAUUUGGACGACAACUGGUAAUAUGAAUAAUGCACGAUAUGUUCACACAGCAUCUUUAUUAUCAAAUGGAAAAAUAUUAGUUACUGGUGGAUUUGGUAAUAGUAAUUAUUUAAAUAGUGCUGAGCUGUAUGAUCCAGCAACAGGUAUUUGGACAACUAUUAGUAACAUGACUAAUGCACGAGAAUAUCACACAGCAUCUGUAUUAUCAAAUGGACUAGUCUUAGUUACUGGUGGAUACAAUGGUAUUACUGGUAUUUUAAGCAGUGCAGAAUUAUAUUAA